AUGGCAUGGAGCCAGGAAAAGCCAGUAGCCCUUAAGUUGGGCUCAGAGAUGCCGCAGGUAACUUUGGCGGUGCUAUACCUGGCACGCUGUUUUCUGCGCAUGACUGCUGUGCAGCUCUUUGUCACCGUCCAGGCUGUUUACGAAAACAUAACCGUGUUUUUCUUAUCUUUCACUAUAUGUCGGCUGUGUGCAAUUAUUGCACUUCUUCCAGUCUAUAUUUUACAAAUUUCUUUUCGACUUCUUCCAACUGUUCUCGGAAAUGUUCGACGUCUAAUCUCACCGUGGAACAAGCUCAUCGAAGAUACCGAAGCUUACAGAAGAGAGUGGGCGAUGCAGGUCCAGCUUCAGCUAGAGGGAAAACAUAUCUUCCGGGAGGAUGAUAUUGUUAGGGUCGACAGAUUCAACAAGCAUUGGAUGAACGAUAGUCGAUGGUCUGAUAACACUGAGGAGUUUAUAGUCUGUGGCGCAAGAGUGAGAUACGUUCAUUUAAGACCAGCUAUCCACGCAGGCGGCCAGAAUGGAUGUUUACCCAAGCGACCCAUCUUACUCCUACACGGAAGUCGGAGCUGGAGUUAUAUGUGGAGAAAGGUUAUGACCAAACUUCUCGAAGAGGGCCAUGAGAUUUUCGCCUUGGAUUGGCUUGGCCAUGGACUAAGCGACAAACCUAAGCAUCGCGAAUCUGUUACAUUCGAGGUGCACAUGCGGACAUUGAUUGCCUUUUUCAAUCAUGUGCAACUCAGAGACGCCAUACUAGUAGCACACAGUUGGGGCGGGUGUGUGGCUCUAUGCUCUAUUCCUCGUCUCCCUUCAUCCUCAUGCAGUGGCCUGUUUCUCAUCAAUUCAUUCUUGCCGCAUCAACCUCACGAGAUGAGUCGGAACUGUCGUCUUUUAUAUGCUGUCUGGUUUCUUUUGACUAGAGUGUUACAUGGUUAUGUGUCUGAAUCCACUAUUACACGAUUCAUAUCUCGAGAUAUUUUGGAGGGUGACGCUGAAGGAUAUGAAGCACCCUACAAGCACCUAGCCGCGAACACCAGGCCUAGUGUCGAAGAUUUUUCAUAUAUGGGUACUGGAAUACCGCAUUUUCUUCUGAAAAAAGUUCGUGAGACACCGCCGUGGAAGAUGUUUGAAGCUAUUUGUGGCCCAAAGAACUUCAUUGAAUUGAACGCGUUCGCGCUUCUAUCAGAGAGGGGUGAUAAUGCAAGAAGUUACUGGCAAAGGCAACAACCAAGCAAUUUGCAUGAGGCCACGGAGCGCAGACUCAAAAUUGUUGUUGCAUUCGGAGAACGUGAUCCAUUGGUCGAAAAUUACAAGGAGACCCUUGUACGUGUCAUUGGCAAGAAUAACAUGGCGGACUGGGCACCAGAUGGUAUCUGGCUCCCAAAUACAGGUCACUACCCCAUGGAGGAUAAGCCCGAGGAAGUUACGCGAUUGGUAGCUAGAUUGGCCUAA